AUGCGCUCCCAGCUAAUCGGUCACGUCUCGCGGAGUGCCGUUACGCCGUACGGGGCGCGCGUGUCGAAGGAAAGCGCCGAGUCCGUCCUCCUCAAGCAGCGCAUGGAGGUGAUGAAAACCGUAGCGGCCAUACGGGCCAACGAGGACACCUUUGGUGGCGCUCGCGUAUCGAGACACGGAUGUGCGCUCCCGCAGAUGAAGGCUGCACCACGAGAUAAGAUCCGCAAGCCCCUCUACACCGCCACCUCUACCAAUCAAUACAAGACGAUCAAGGACUUGAAGGCCGACGACGGCACUGAACCGGACGCAGCUCAGCUGAAGAGAACGUCGCUCGUGCACGACGCUUCAGGUACGCUGGUAACGACUGAGUCGCCCCACGGAAAUGCCCCCGAAAGUAGGGAUCCACGAAAAGCGGUGGCGGAGAAGCACCGGGCGGCUUUGGUUACUCCUCGGCCGCAUGUCCCCACGCGUAUUGAACAGUGGAUAGGGAGUUUCGGUCGUUCCCUCGGAGCGGUCAAACCCUACGCAAUGGGCCGAAGCACAAAGCUGGCGACACGACACUGCUUUACUGAUCUUCCUGUUGACACGAAUGAUCGAUAUGUGGAUAGAAUGCAAUGCUGCCGCCCUUCCAAAGGCCUUUACGCGUACUACUAA